CUUGAGUAAAAGUCUCACCUAAAUAAAAAAUUCAUCUUUUACUGUUUUUCCAACAAAUCAGUCGUCGCCAAAACCCUCCUGAAAAAAAUAAAAAAUAAAAAAAUAAACUGUCGCACUGUAAGAACUUUUACUUAAGAUCGCGGCGCUUAAACUUAAACAUAAACUAGGGCACUACUACACUCUUUUCAAUCCAAAGUUGAUGAUGUAAUGCAAUGCGGUGGGGACUAACGUACAGGCAUGCAGGCCCAAUCUUCGUGUGGUCUUCCCCUGUCUGUAUCAGAGGCAAUGCACGGCCUCCUAUACCCUCCUUCAUGGCUGUCAUGUACUUGAACCGCAUAGCUAUAGCUCUCACCCACUGCCGCCGAGUCCAGGCCUUCAAUCACGGCAAGGCAUUUCACUCCCAGUUGAUCAAACUCGGCAUUUCCGCCGAUGUUUUCCUCUCCAACAAUCUGAUUUCCAUGUACGCGUCCUCGCCUCGUCUGAUCGACGAUGCACAGCAUCUGUUCGACGAAAUGCCUCACAGAAACAUUGUCACGUGGACCACCAUGGUCUCUGCGUAUACCAAGUGCGGGAGAGGUGGUGAGGCUGUAAGGCUAUAUGGGUUUAUGGUGGAGUGGGGUUUGGGGAGGCCCAAUGGGUUUAUGUACUCUGCUGUGCUCAAGGCUUGUGGUUCGGUGGGUGACCUCGGAUUGGGGAGGGUGAUCCAUGAGAGGAUAUCUAGAGCUGGGUUGGUGUUUGACACUGUUUUGAUGAACACCCUUUUGGAUAUGUACGUGAAAUGUGGGAGUUUGGGUGAUGCCAAGAGGGUUUUUGAUGGGAUGUUGGAUAGGAACUCGACGACGUGGAACACGAUGAUUUCGGGGUACAGUAAGGCUGGUUUGAUGGAUGAGGCGGUGGGGCUGUUUCGUCGGAUGAAAGAGCCGAAUGCUGCAUCGUGGAACAGUAUUGUUGCUGGUUUUGUGAAUAAUGGGAGCCCGCGUGCGUUGGAAUUUGUGAGUAUGAUGCACCGGGAAGGCUUCAGGCUUGAUUGUUAUACUUUCCCAUGUGCUUUUAAGACCUGUGCUUGCUAUGGUUCAUUAGCCUCUGGGAAGCAGAUCCAUUGUUAUGUUAUACAGUCCGGUUUUGAGUCUGAUAGAUUUACUUUGUCAGCACUGAUUGAUAUGUAUUCAAAUUUCAAUCAAUUGGAUGAAGCCAUAAAGUUGUUUGGUCAGCACUCAAGGUGCAAUGCUUCCAUUAGUUUGGCACUUUGGAAUUCCAUGAUUUCUGGAUAUGUCAUUAAUGAACAUAAUUGUGCAGCUCUGGGUUUAGUUUCAAAAGUCCAUUGCUCAGGUGCACAGAUGGAUUCUUACACUUACAGUGGUGCUUUAAAGGCCUGCAUCAACUUGCUUAACUUGAGACUUGGGCGUCAAGUGCAUGGUUUGGUUGUCACCACAGGAUAUGAGUUGGAUUAUGUUGUUGGAAGCAUUCUUACAGACCUGUAUACAAGAGUGGGAAACAUUAAGGAUGCAUUGGGGUUGUUUCACAGGCUUCCAAUGAAAGACACUGUAGCGUGGUCUGGUUUGAUCAUAGGUUGUGCUAAAAUGGGACUAAGCUGGUUAGCUUUUUCACUGUUUAGGGAUAUGGUGUAUUUGGAUAUAGAAGUAGAUCAAUUUGUCAUUUCAUUUGUUCUGAAAGUUUGCUCCAGUUUAACAUCUCUUGGAAGUGGCAAACAGGUUCAUGCUUUCUGUGUUAAGAGUGGAUAUGAAUCUGAGGGGGUUGUAGUGACAUCACUGAUUGAUAUGUACUCAAAAUGUGGUGCUAUUGAGAAUGGGUUGGCUCUGUUUGAUUCUGUGGCAGACAGAGACACUGUGUGUUGGACUGGAAUAAUUGUGGGGUGUGGGCAAAAUGGAAGAGCUGAUGAAGCAAUUAAACUUUUCAAUAAGAUGAUAGAAUCAGGGUUGAAGCCGAACGAAAUUACAUAUCUAGGAGUUCUUUCUGCCUGCAGGCAUGCUGGUUUUGUUAAAAAUGCAAGGACCAUCUUUAAUUCUAUGAAAAAAGAGCAUGGAUUAGAACCUGGUGUAGAGCAUUACUAUUGCAUGGUUGACAUUCUUAGUCAAGCUGGAUGUUUUAAAGAGGCUUUAGAUUUCAUUGCUAAGUUGCCAUUUGAACCCAACCAAAUCAUAUGGAGAUCAUUACUUGGAGCCUGUGGAACUCAUAAAAACACUGAACUAGUAAAUAUUGUUGCUGAUCGCCUUCUUGCAACUUCACCAGAAGACCCUUCCACAUAUGUGACACUUUCAAAUGUUUAUGCAGAAUUGGGAAUGUGGGUUGAUUUAAGCAAAGUUAGAACAGCUGUCAAGAAAGUGGGUGCAAAAAAAGAAGGAAAGAGCUGGAUUGAGAUUUCAAGAUAAGAAAGAGUGCUUUAGGCUUUGUGCAGAAACUAGUUCUUCAGUUCAAUAUACCACAGCUACUAUAAAAUCAAGUCUGUACAUGAGCAUAGGGAUGGAUCAUUGUACUGAAUAGCCUGCAAAGAUCAGAGAAGGAGGCCUUGGUGGCAAAGUCCAGAGAGAUGUAUUUGUCUUAUGGUUCUUCAUAGAGCUAACUGCAGGCAUGGAUGCUCAGAAAGAUGCCUGUACAUGAUAUUUAUCUUUGGUUGCAGGAAUUUGCACAGAAGGGGAGGAAGAAGAACACAUCUGUUACAUUUUGUUACAGAGGUAGGGUGAAGUUUGAAGAACCAAGGAAUGAAAACUUCAACUGUUAUUCACAGUAGACCGAAACCUAUCAUGUAGACCCAGCAUUCCUCCAUAGUUGAUCUAUUUGAAGAUUUAGCUUCCCAUCCUGUGUAUCAUAUCUGGGGUAUGAUGAUACAAUCAGUAGCAGAGCAAGUUGCCAGUUGUAAGAUCAGGAUAUGGAAGCAAAAAUUGGCUGUCGUGAUGAGCAAUCAAUGAUCUCCAGUAACUUGGAAGUGAAUCCAAAACUCAAAAGAGCCUUGCCACUCAAGUUUGGUAUUCCCAAGCGUUGUUCCCGACAGGGUGAACUACAAGUGACUGCUCUUAAUGCAGGAAGGUCCAUGAUGGAUACAUAGACAUGAUGGUCCUGGUACCUGAACCUGGGAAAUGGUCCAGCGGGUCCAUCCCAUAUGAGCCUGAUCCGACACAAUGGGAAACAAGGUGUGGCUUCCAUCAGUUUCAGGCAGCAGUGAGCCCCCCCACAACAUCACUGUAACCCUCACUGUAUUUACGGAGACUGGUCUUUGCUGUUGGGUCUCUUCUGGUACAGAAUUCUUUCUCAAUGCCACGUAGCUUUCUUCUUCAAUCAUUUCCAGUGACCAUGCCCCCUCUUUCUCUGUUUAAAGUGAGAGCAUGAAGCUCAAGCCUGCCUUUGGGUUAUUCUUUCUUUUUCAGUAUUUCACUGAUAUCAAUAGUGAUUCAGAACCUAUAGUAAUGCAAGAAAGUUCACAAACAAAGUUACCUAGUUGUGGUGGCCUUUUUCUUUUUGGCGCCAAUCUUGGCUCAUC